GAAUGAAUACAGACGUGGAGUAUUAUUUUACACAUCAAUAAUAAGAGGAUGAAGUAUAGCAAGUUAAAAAAAUAAUUCAAAAAAAUUUAAAAGUAAAAGCAAUCGUAAAGAAGCAAUUUACUCAAGAAACCAUCCACAGUCGUCGCCGGAAUAGAUGUCGGCCAAUCUCCCAAUUCUUCCCGACGCAAUCUCAAUUCCCGCCAGAAAUGGCACCAGUGAGAACCUCUUCGCCGCCGUAGACAUCGGUACCAACUCCUUCAAGCUCCUCGUAGUUCGCGCCGACCCUUCCACCGGCCGCUUCCUCACCGUCGAUCGGUUCAAGGAAAGAGUCCUCCUCGGCCUUGAUACUAACACCACCACUACCUCCGCCAUUAUCUCCAACGCCUCUCUGCUACGCGCCACCACAGCACUUCGAAAGUUUCAGAAGCUUCUCCAGUCCCAUCGCGUUCCUUCCUCCCAUUCUCGCCUCGUAGCUACUUCUGCUGUUCGAGAAGCUUCCAAUCGAUCACAAUUCCUUCAAACGAUUGAUGAAACCCUAGGUCUGCAAAUUGAUGUACUCUCCGGUCUCGAAGAGGCCCGCCUUAUAUACAAAGGUAUACUUCAGUUCCAUCCUGUUCAUGACCGUACAGUUCUCACAAUUGACAUAGGAGGUGGCUCUACAGAGUUUGUAAUUGGCAAAGAGGAGCAGAUUUUGUUCUCUAUUUCACUAGCAUUGGGACAUGUCACUUUAACUCAAAAAUUUCCCGAAGUUACAGAAAUGCGGGAACAUAUUAAGGUUAUAAUCCGUGCGUCGGGCUUAAAUGAGAAGGUUAAGCAUUAUAAUAUUGAUAAAGUGAUUGGUUCAUCAGGGACAAUUAAGAAUAUUGAAAAGGCGAUUUUCCGUGGCUAUGCAAGCAAUAUGGAGGGAAAUGUGGGCAUAUCUGAGGGAAGUAGGAGGGAUUGGAGUUUUACAACGGACGAAUUGAAGGGCUUAGUGGAGAGGUUGAGUGAGGAAGAGAGAAGAAUUGGAGGGAAGGUUCGAACGCAGGGCUUCUUCAAGAAGAGGUCAGCAUUUAUUGUGGCAGGGGCAGUUUUAUUGGAGGAAAUAUUUGAGGACCUUAAGAUUGAAGAGAUGGAGGUUUCUGGGUAUGCAUUAGGUGAGGGUGUGAUUGCAGAGAAGUUAGGGGAGGUUUUCGAUAAUUAUGAUCCAAGGGCAAAUGCGAGGUGGAGGUCUGUAACGAGGCUCGCCACAAGGUUUAACAACAAGCAACACAUGAAAUCUGCUGCAUUAUGCUUUAGUGUUGCCAAGGAGAUGUUUGAUGGUUUGAGAAAAGGAUAUGAAUCAGCCAAUGGUUCUGAUGGAUUCUUUGUAUCCUUGGAGGAUAAAGAUCUCGAGUAUCUUGAGGCAGCUUGUUUGCUUCAAAAAAUCGGUCUUUAUGCUGGUAACAAGGGCUAUCAUAAGCAAUCUUACCAUAUAAUAGCGUUGUAUCAGUUCUCUUAUGUACCUCGAAAUAGUUAUUGGGAGCAUGUAACUUAUUGUGACAAGCUUCACUCUCUGUGUAGAAAGGUGAUCAUCUGCAUGGUUAUAAUGCCGAAGAGGUUAAGGUAUGGUGUCUCCUUUAUUUCUCAGAACAACAUUCAGAAUGUGAAAACUGAUGACAUCUUCGUCAGCUUCCAGUUAAUAGCUCUACUUGUGAGACACCAUAGAAAGAAACUUCCCGACUGUGAUCAUAUGGUGCCUGAGGAAUUAACAGAAGAGAUGACAGGGAAAUUCAGAAUUCUUUGUGCAAUUCUACGUGUAUCUGCUGCAGUGGAGAAACUUCAGCUGUUCAACAUCCACAAUGUGGAUUUCUCACAUACCUGUGAAGGAUAUAAAUUGGUACUUAAAGCAGGAAAUUUGCCCUUCCCUGGUUAUGUGCUGCCAUCAGUGAACGACUUCGAGACAGAGCAUGUUAAAGAGUUGGAACACUUCAGAAUGGUGUUCCAGGAAAGAUUGUCAAUUGCUGUCACUUCAUCAUAAUCUGUAAGAAAUGCUAGGAAUUGUAAGACGGCUUUUCUGAGUUUGCCAAUAAAAUGAUGGUAAAUAUUGUAUUAUGUAAAAGCCAUGCUGUAAUGCAUGUUAUAUGCACAUGCAUACAAGCGCACACACUCACACACACACACACAAACACUUCGACUGUUACAAGUGACAGUAAGCAGCAUCUCCUUGUUACACAAGAAGCUUAUUGGGUAGAUCCUUUAAGUAUUCUAGCGAAUAGUUGCUGAACUUGUUCUCUAGCAAGGCCAUUGAAACUUAAUGAUACAUCUUUUAUUUUUGCAGUUAUUUGAUUUCAAUGUACUUUUCUUAUGUAAAACUAGAAACUUGUCAUAUGUUAUUAUACAUGUAGAAGUGCAGGCUUCUCCCUCCCAUUUUCUUGGUCUGUUAUGACAGUUAAUUUUUGUUGAUUAAUAAAGUGAAGAACGAUUAAUUGUUCAGAUUA